CUCCCCUUCAACUCACGUAUUCCCUCUUUAGUCUAAUGCUUUAAAUCAAACCUUCAAUUCACCUCUCUCCCUUAAAUACCGACUUCAAUCACAAUCGUUAUUCAGAAAGGGAUCGAAGUUCCAUCUAAAAACCAUGGAAACACAACCAAUCUCACUCCUAUUACCUUUUUUCUUUAUAAUCUUCCUUCUUUCUCAAGGAAGCUGGAGAUUAUCAGAAGCUGCAAGAGUGUUCACCAUCACAAACCAUUGCAAAGAGACUAUAUGGCCCGCCGUUACACCAGGUGAAAGCUUCAACGGAGGAGGCUUUGUCUUAAAGCCAGGCCAAUCCAUGGUUUUCAACGCUCCAAUGACAUGGUCAGGCCGAAUAUGGGGUCGAACAGGGUGCAACUUUGAUCAAGAUGGCAAUGGCCCUUGCCAAACAGGUGCAUGCGGCACAACCCUCAAAUGCGGAGGUGCCGGUGCGACACCGGCAUCUUUAGCGGAGUUCACGCUCGGGAAAACCGACUUCUACGACGUAAGCCUUGUCGACGGGUUUAACAUCCCAGUAGCAGUGAAACCUCUUAAAGGGACAGGGAAUUGCACAAUUGCUGGAUGUGAUAAAGACCUUAGAAGAAACUGCCCUAAGGAACUAUCUGUUAAAACAUCUAAUCACGGCAAGACGGUUGCAUGCCGGAGUGCAUGCGACGUUUUCGACACCGAUGAGUAUUGUUGUAGAGGAUUGUAUGGUGGUCCGUCGGUUUGUCAUCCCACUUAUUAUUCCAAGUUAUUCAAGAGUGCAUGCCCUACUGCUUAUAGUUAUGCUUAUGAUGAUCCUUCUAGCAUCUUUACUUGUUCUUCUGCUGAUUAUGUCAUCACUUUCUGCUCUUCCAGGUCUCAACCUGUGUGCGUAUAUCAUGACCACAGACUAAUUUGCAACGGAUCCACGAGUUUAAAAUCAUUGCUCAAUUCACGGUGGUCUCUUACGGUUGCUAUAGCAUUGCUAAUAUAUAAACUUUGUGGAGUAUAUAAUAUCCUGUAACACUUCACCUUUUGAACUAGACGUAAGUCGCAUUUUGUAUUUCUUUUGUGAGGAAUGGGGUAUACAUUGUAAAAAAAGACACAUUUUCAUCAAGCUGUAUCAAUAUAAUAAUCUCCACUAAAAUAUUGGAGGUAAACUUUAGUCUCUCAUCGACAUAUACAUAUGUAUAUAUAAUUGUUAUAAUAUAUACACACACAAUUUCUUAUUAA